CCAUAAUUACUUACUUAAUGUAGAAUACAUAACUGUUCUUCUGAUAUAAUAAAAAUACCCCGUAUUAUAUAGGUAUUCAGAGGCAGUCUUUUUUUGAAGUCGGUAACUCGCGCAAAUUGUCGAACGCUUAUGAGAUUUUUUUGUCUACCUCUUUGAUCAAACGCUUCCCAUCACAUUUUAAUCAUGUGGGGUGUGCGUGUGGAACCAUCGUUGUUUACUUCAAUGCACUUUGGUAACCUUCUUAUUAUGUUUAAGAAUAGAAUAUCUACAUGAAAUAUAUCACAGAGAUACAGCUAGUCCCAAAGGAAACUUAAUUUGGAUAGCUCAAUCAUGAGUUACGGAAUAGUAACUCAACGAAGUAAUUAUAGACAUAUAAAAAUCAAUUUAAGCUCUUGGAUAAAUAUUAUAAUUUAUAACGAAACAAAAACGGUGAAUAAAGGCGACAGCACAACACACAGCCACGACGGAGAGAAAACAGAGUGCACGCCGACAUAUAUAGCUGACACAAAUUUUAAUGACGAAAAAUGUAAAAGUAAAUUCUGGGAUGGAAAAACUUCAUCUUCCAUUCGUCAUUUUCUCACGCUCUUAAUAUUAGGAAUUUGUACAUGGGGUGUCCUCUGGGUGGGUUGGGGAAGCAGCUGGGGUUGGAAUGGAGAAUACUUCGUGCUGGCCCUAGUGGCAAUCGUGGCUUGGGGCAGCGGGUUGUUGCUACAAGAGCUGACCUCUCUGCCACCUCUACUAGCCGCCCUUCUCACGGGCAUACUAGCCAGAUAUCUGAAUGUCCUAGAUAUGAGACAGUACACCGACAUCGAUGGGUUUUUAAGGAAAAUAUACCCAAUCGUGAUUCUAGGUAAGGGAUCACUAGCGUGGGAUGUGACUUACAUGAGAUCCAACUGGGCACAGGUGGUGUCGCUCGGGGUAUUACCAUGGGUCACUGAAGUCACAGUGUUGGCCGCCAUGACUAACAUCCUGCUCGGAUUUCCCUGGAUAUGGGGUUUCAUGCUGGGUUCUGUGUACGCUUCAGUAUCGUGCCCCGUCGUGAUGCCUCUAGUGAUAAAACACAGCAAGCUUGCCGGCGGCAAGCGCAAUUGGCCACAAUUUGUGUGCACAGCCGGAGGCAUCGAUACCGCCCUGAGCGUUGGCGUUUUUGGGAUGCUCUACAGUUUUUUAUUCUACGAAACCGAUGAAACGUAUCGAUAUGUUAAGGCGAGCUUAUCUUUGUUGGCGGGCAUAGCCCUGGGGGUCUCUUGGGGAGCCCUCGCGGGUCUCCUGCCCGACUCCCGAGAUUACUACGCAACGGAGCUACGGAUCCUACUCGUGAUUUUAGGAGCCCUCUCCGGGAAUUUCGUCACCUCUUUUUUUGGAUGGGGAGGCACCGCGGGGGUGGCUGUAUUAGCGUGCAACGCUACGGCCGCUACGUACUGGGCGCGGGAGGGGUGGCGGCUGAACUGCAAUCCCGCGGCGACCGCCUACCGCGUGUUCUGGGCGGCGUGUGAGCCGGUACUUUUUGCUUACACCGGCACUUUCUUUGUGAUUGAUAGUUCUAUAACGGAGGCGUCGUUAGUACCAGGGUUCGCGAUCCUUGCUGUCUGUCUGUCAGUGCGGUUGUCAGUAGUAUGUCUGGCUUGUUGGAGACUCUCGCUCAAGGAGAAACUAUUCGUGUGUUGCACUUGGACGCCGAAGUCUAUUGUAGAGGCGGUACUCUGCCCCAUAGUAUUGAACACCAUAAUAUCUAUGCAAAUGCAAGAUGAGACAAUAACUAAAUACGCUGAAGACAUAAUAAAACUUAUAAUUCAAGCUAUCCUGGUCACGACGCCAGUGGGAUACUUGUUAACUAGUCAUGUGGGACCAAUAUUGUUAAGAAGUGCUGCUAAGGAUAUCGAAUUUUCUGAUACCUAAUUGAUCAAAAAGUAUACUCUCAACUUAUGGAUCUCAGGGCAGACACAAAUGAAGAUUUACCUUUACACUUCAUUAAUUUGAUAAAUACAAUAUAGAAAUUAGCAAAUAAGCAGCCAUAAAAAUAUAUAUGACGAAUUAUUAAGUGUAAAUAAGUACAAAAUAUUUAAUAAUAUAUCUUUCCCGUAAAACCACAAUAAAGUUUGUUAAAUA